AUGACAGGGAGCUACUUUAUGACGGAUCUUGUUGCCGAUAGUUUAUCAUCUGAAAUUGACGUGGAUUGGAACGAGGCUGUGCUGUACACACCGUAUCAUAUGCAAGCUCUUCUUUAUGAAUAUGCUGACUGCUUAGCAGUACGAACAUUGUUAAGAAUGGCAAAGUUACCAAUUCGCCUAGAGGAGCGUCCCAAUGCUGAAUUCAUGUCACCAACUGGAAAAGUACCCUUCCUGAAACUGCAAUCAUUUUUGAUAUCCGAAUUUUUAUCAGUUGUUGAUUUUCUUGCGAAACGCAAUAUAAAAUUAUCAGCUGGCUUGACGGAUCUAGAACGAGGAGGUAUGCAUGCACAUAUGGCUCUUUUUGAUGAUAUUCUUAAAAAUGUCGAGAUGUAUAUGGUGUGGGUGGACAAGAGAAAUUAUUCUCAAGUAACGAAAUAUAGAUACGGAUCAGUCUACUUGUUUCCGUUAAAUAUUAUUUUACCAUGGAAGAAACAGCGCGAAGUGAACAACUAUUUGAGUGCUCUUGAUUGGAAAAAUAAAUCGCAGGAAUGCAUAAUGGAUCUGGCGGAUCGGUGCUUCAAAAGUAUGUCGUCGAAACUUGACCGCAAUGAAUACUUCUUUGGCGAUUCACCAACUGAACUAGAUGCAUUGGCAUUCGGUCAUUUUUAUACCAUUUUGACAACAGAACUGCCGAACAUGGAGUUGAAAAAUUAUCUUCGUCGAUAUUCAAAUUUAACUGAAUUUUGUCAAAGGAUUGAUAAAAAGUAUUUUGUUCCGGAAACAAAAAAAUGA